AUGUCGGCAGAGCAACUCACCGAGGGCGUUAUUGCACGCAUGCUGGAUUCAUCGGAUGCCGAUGCGCCGGUAGAUCCGGUAUGCCAAGUGCUUAGCUUAAAGAAGCUGCAGACGAACAGCGCGAACUCCAAUGUCAGCGAGCGCUACCGCGUCGUGCUGAGCGAUGGCGUGUAUUAUACACAAGCCAUGCUUGCUACGCAGCUUAAACCACUGGUUGAGGACCACACGCUGGACCGCAACAUGGUUGUGCGCAUCUCGCAGUAUACGUCCAAUACGGUCCAGAACCGUAAGAUCCUCAUCCUGCUCAAUCUCGAAAUCCUCUCGCCCGCGCUUCCCAACCGCCUGGGCAACCCACAAAACAUCGAGGCGGUGCAAGCAAAUGGCGAUGGCGUGGCUGCCAAGCCCGCAGCGAGUGCACCGUCCCUCGGCGCCCAGGCGCUCUCACGCGGUGGCAAGGCCGCCAGCGGCGUCGGCAAGCCAAGCUCGGGCCUGCCCGUGUACCCGAUCGAGGCGCUCUCGCCGUACCAGAACAAGUGGACGAUCAAGGCGCGCGUCACGCUCAAGUCGGACGUGAAGCACUGGUCGAAUGCGCGCGGCGACGGCAAACUGUUCAGCGUCAAUCUGCUCGACGAAAGCGGCGAAAUUCGCGCCACGGGCUUCAACGAUGCUGUGGAUCGAUUCUACCCGAUGCUCCAAGAGAACAAGGUAUAUUUUAUCAGCAAAGCCAAGGUGAACAUUGCGAAAAAGCAGUUUAGCAACCUCUCGAACGAGUACGAGAUUGCGCUGGAAAGCAACAGCGAGAUUGAAGAGUGCGCAGAAGGCGGCGAUGUGCCCGAAGUCAAGUACCAAUUUGUCCCCAUCGAGCAGCUCGGCUCUGUCGAGCCCAACCAGACCACGGACGUGAUAGCUAUUUUGGACGAGUACUCGGAGGUGUCUGAGAUUGUGUCCAAGGCGACGCAGCGCCCGAUCAAGAAACGCGAGCUCACCCUGAUGGAUAGCAGCGGCAUGAGCGUACGCCUGACUCUGUGGGGCCAGCAAGCGGAGAACUUUGAAAAAACCAUUGCAGGGGACGACAAGCCCGUGCUCGCUUUCAAAGGCGUCAAGGUCGGCGAUUUCGGCGGGAGGAGCCUGAGCAUGUUUUCCAGCUCCUCGAUGACGGUGAACCCCGACAUGCCAGAGAGCCAUGGUCUGCGUGGCUGGUACGACAACGAAGGAAACGCCGCACAGAUUCGCAGCUUCACCAAAGUCGAUGUCGGCGGCGCUGGCGCUGGCGGCGGCGGCGGCGGUGCCAUGCGCCCCGACGAGCGCCGCACGCUCGAGCAAGUCAAGGAGUCGUCUUUGGGUGCCUCGUUUGAGCGCGCCGACUACUUUAAUACGCGUGCAACCAUCCUCUACAUUCGUCCUAACAGUCUCUAUUACACAGCGUGUCCCGAAUGCAACAAGAAGGUCAUUGACGAGGGCGACGGCUGGCGCUGCGAAAAGUGCGACCGCAGCUGGCCAGCGCCAGUGCGCCGCUACAUCUUCUCGGCCAACAUUGCCGACUACUCGGGGCAGAUUUGGAUUAGCGGCUUUAACGAGAUUGGCGAGCGCAUCAUUGGCAUGCGCGCCGACGAGCUUGAUGCGAUCCGGAACGAGAACGAGAACGAAUUUAAGGCCGUGUUGCAGCGCGGCGUCGGCAAGAUGAUGCUCUUUAGCUGCCGUGCAAAACAGGAAACGUUCAACGAUACGAACCGCGUGCGGUACACUGUCACACAAGCACACCCCGUCGACUUUACCAAGGCUGGCCACGAGCUCUGCGAAGGGAUUCAAGCUUUACACGUGUCUUUGUAG